AUGUAUAGAGUCUACACUUCACCGCAACGGCUUCUCUGCGGGUAUAACUUGACGUUUUUGCGUCGCUCUAACCUGUCGCUGCUGAUCCCCUUUCGGCUGUUCAUGAUGGUUGUGUAUUUCACCGCCCUCGUAUGCGCGGCGAACGGAAGUGAUGCGAUGAUACGGGGCGGCUCAUUAGCCCCCGGCUACAGCGAGGACGAAUAUAGAUUUCUUCGCCGUGCAACAGACGGCUGCCUGGCUGGAAGCUUUCUUUGUCUCUUCUUUAACUCCUGGGGCGUGGUGACGGCCCGCACACUGCGUUCGGGCUUGAUGAACCUUACGCACGGCUGCUGUCACGCUGCUGCAGCUGUGCUAUUGAUCGUCGCAUGGCACCUGGGGGCGGGGGCUGAGCGCAUCUGGCACGUCUUCUACAUCUUCGGCAUCAUCCCGACAGGGUUGGAGGCCAUCGCUUUGCUCGAGUCCUACAGCCGUGGCACGGACAACUUCUUCUAG